UUGACCGCCCUGGAGACUUGGGGGCCUGGGCCCGGGUCCCCCACUGGCUCCGCCAUGGGGCCAACCCUGCUGCUGCUGCUGCUGCUGCUAUUGCCACUUGGGGAGCAAGUGGAGGGCCCAGCCAAGAAGGUAUUGAGCAUGGAGGGGGACCUGGUCCUGGGGGGGCUGUUCCCGGUGCACCAGAAAGGGGGCCCUACCGAGGAGUGCGGGCUAGUCAAUGAACACCGUGGGAUCCAGCGCCUUGAGGCUAUGCUUUUCGCCCUGGACCGCAUCAACCAUGACCCACAGCUUCUCCCUGGCAUCCGGCUGGGUGCCCACAUCCUAGACACCUGCUCCAAGGACACGUACGCGUUGGAGCAGGCCCUGGACUUUGUGCGUGCCUCGCUGAGUCGUGGGGCUGACGGCUCCCAGCACAUCUGCCCCGAUGGCUCCUAUGCCAUCCAUGGUGACGCGCCCACCGCCAUCACUGGCGUCAUCGGUGGCUCCUACAGCGAUGUCUCCAUCCAGGUGGCCAACCUGCUCCGCCUCUUCCAGAUCCCCCAGAUCAGCUAUGCCUCAACCAGUGCAAAACUGAGCGACAAGUCACGCUACGACUACUUUGCGCGGACAGUGCCGCCCGACUUCUACCAGGCCAAGGCCAUGGCCGAGAUCCUGCGCUUCUUCAACUGGACUUAUGUGUCCACCGUGGCCUCGGAGGGGGACUACGGAGAGACGGGCAUUGAGGCGUUUGAGCUGGAGGCCCGAGCCCGCAACAUCUGCGUGGCCACCUCAGAGAAGGUGGGCCGGGCCAUGAGCCGGGCAGCCUUCGAAGGCGUGGUGCGGGCCCUUCUGCAGAAGCCCAGCGCUCGUGUGGCAGUGCUCUUUGCCCGCAGUGAAGACGCCCGGGAGCUCCUGGCUGCUGCCCAGCGGCUCAAUGCCUCCUUCACCUGGGUGGCCAGCGACGGCUGGGGGGCCCUGGAGAGCGUGGUGGCGGGCAGCGAGGUGGCGGCCGAGGGCGCCAUCACCAUCGAGCUGGCGGCCUACCCCAUCCCUGACUUUGUCUCCUACUUCCGAAGCCUGGACCCCUGGAACAACAGCCGGAAUCCCUGGUUCCGGGAAUUCUGGGAGCACAAAUUCAAGUGCAGCUUCCGGCAACGGGACUGUGGCAGCCACUCGCUCUGGGCUGGGCCGUUUGAGCAGGAGUCCAAAAUCAUGUUCGUGGUCAACGCCGUUUAUGCUAUGGCCCACGGGCUGCACAACAUGCACCAGGCCCUCUGCCCCAACGCCACCCACCUCUGCGAUGCCAUGCGUCCGGUCAGUGGCCGCCGCCUCUACAGAGACUUUAUGCUCAAUGUCAAGUUUGAUGCCCCCUUCCGGCCGGCCGACACCCAGAGCGAGGUGCGCUUCGACCGCUUCGGCGAUGGCAUUGGCCGCUACAACAUCUUCACCUUCCUGAGGGCGGCCGGUGGGCGCUAUCGCUACCAGAAGGUGGGCUACUGGGCCGAGGGGCUGAGCCUGGACCCCAGCCUGAUCCCCUGGGCGGCCCCAACAGGGGGCUCCCUGCCCACCUCUCAGUGCAGCGACCCGUGCCGCAAGAACGAGAUGAAGAGCGUGCAGCCCGGGGACGUGUGCUGCUGGCUCUGCAUCCCCUGCCAGCCCUACGAGUACCUGCGCGACCAGUUCACCUGCGUCGACUGCGGGCUGGGCUACUGGCCCAACGCCAGCCUGUCAGGUUGCUUUGAGCUGCCGCAGGAGUACAUCCGCUGGGGGGACGCCUGGGCGGUGGGGCCAGUCACCAUCGCCUGCCUGGGCUCCCUCUGCACCCUUUUCGUCUUCGGGGUCUUCGUCUGGCACAACGGCACCCCCGUGGUCAAGGCCUCGGGCCGGGAGCUCUGCUACAUCCUCCUGGCCGGGGUGCUGCUCUGCUACUCCAUGACCUUCGUCUUCAUCGCCAAGCCCUCCACGGCCGUGUGCGCCCUGCGCCGGCUGGGCCUGGGCAGCGCCUUCUCCGUCUGCUACUCGGCCCUGCUCACCAAGACCAACCGCAUCGCUCGCAUCUUCGGGGGUGCCCGGGAGGGCGUGCGGCGACCCCGCUUCAUCAGCCCCGCCUCGCAGGUGGCCAUCUGCCUGGCCCUCAUCUCGGGCCAGCUGCUCAUCGUGGCUGUCUGGCUGCUGGUGGAAGCGCCCGGCACGGGCAAGGAGACCGAGCCCGAGCGGCGGGAGGUGGUGACGCUUCGCUGUAACCACGGAGACACCAGCAUGCUCGGCUCGCUGGCCUACAAUGUGCUGCUCAUCGGGCUCUGCACCCUCUACGCCUUCAAGACCCGCAAAUGCCCUGAGAACUUCAACGAGGCCAAGUUCAUCGGCUUCACCAUGUAUACCACCUGCAUCAUCUGGCUGGCCUUCCUGCCCAUCUUCUAUGUCACCUCCAGUGACUACCGGGUGCAGACCACGACUAUGUGUGUGUCGGUGAGCCUGAGCGGCACCGUGGUGCUCGGCUGCCUCUUCACCCCCAAGCUGCACAUCAUCCUGUUUCAGCCCCAGAAGAACGUGGUCUCGCACCGGGCGCCCACCAGCCGCUUCAGUGUCACUGCUGCUGGCUCCAGUCUCUCCCACGCCUCCGGCUCCCAGUUUGUUCCCACCGUGUGCAACGGCCGGGAAGUGGUGGACUCCACCACGUCGUCUCUCUGAAGCCCCCGUCGCCCUUCUGACCAGUCUCCAGCCUCUCUUCUGGGGGACAGAGGUGAGGUGGCAGAAACCAGCCACCCCUCUUCCCUCUGAGUGACACAAACAGACCCCGUGGCCUCUCACACAAUUGAGCUGGAGACUGGAGCGUUGCAGUAGUCGAUCCCUUCCCAACACCUAAUCCCCUCCCCGCAGAAGCAGCAGGACCAGGCUGAGUAAUGUGUGCAAACCCUUCUUCCCCUCCUCCCCCAGGCUCCCCCGCAGCAGACCCCAGCUGGGCCCAGUCACCUAACUCACUGCACCCCUUGGAGAACCUGAGGGGGAAACAAGUUUCUUGCCUUUAAAUUUUGGGCCUCGGGGUGGCAGGGGGGGUCAGGGGCAGAGGCCAGGGGAGCCUGUAGCUUCAGGCCUGGCCUGGAGACAAGCAGGUGUAACUCAAGGAAUUCCAGAUCAAGGGUCCUUCCCUUUGUAGUGGCCCAGCCUUGGAGCCUGGAACCCGGAGGGCGGAAGGAAAGAAGGAGGCCAUACUGGCCAAAACCCCUCAGAGGGUCAAAGACCCAGCAAAUCUUAGGGCACAAGCACUGGGAACUAGCCAAACAAGGCUUGUGCCAAGGGCACAGACUCUAGCCUCUGGAGCCAGGCUGACGUGACAGCUAGCAUGUUGAAAGGGGGCUCCCUAAGCUCCACUAGGGCCUGGCCAGGUUCCUGGUGCCCCGAAGACCCUCCUGGGGCUCGGCCUCUCUGCUCCCUGCCGCAUCCUAGGUUCCCCAAAGAGGGAGGGAGCCAGACGUAGCCUAGCCUGCUCCAGCCUAGCUGGAUGCCGGGCAUCCAAGUCAGUCGAUCAUAUUUAUUGAGCACUUACUGUGUGCAGGGCACUGCACUAAGCGCUCGGGAGACUACAAUAUAACAAUAAACAGACACAUUCCCUGCCCUCUCUCUGGGUUCCCCUAUUGGGCACUGAAAAUGAGCCAGUAGGCCCCCAUUUUGGGAGAAACUGAGUCCAGGUCUCUCAGUCCCCAGCAAAGGCACACCCUCAUCUGGGGGAGCCCUUGAGUCUGUGUGGUGCUGCCCACCUUUCCCCUCCCCCAGGAGUAGCUUGACCAGCCUUUUUUUUUUUUUUUUUUUUGGUAAUUUCUGAAAAUAAA